UGACGAUGCAGGUGACAGCAUUCCAAACCCUGUUCCAGAGACAGACCAAGAACUAAACUGUGUUAUCACGGCCAAGAUAGAAGAAAUUUCAGCUCAGAUAGUGGAGAAGGCGAAGGCCGGGGCGGUGGCCUUUUUGGUUGGCGAGGGUCAGAAGCAAACGGAGCGGGCGUCGGCACACCGGGUAGCGGAAGCUGAUCACCAACCCUCAUCUGCUGGCACUGUCAGUCCACCAGCAGCAAAAGCAUCAUCAGCAGCAUCGCGGGACAAGUCAAAGAAAGAUAAAAACAGUCACUCAACAAACAACCCUUUUAAGGUGGUGACCUGUCGUACGGAGGGGAGAGAAGACGCCUCAGUGACGGCUAACAUGAGUCUCAAUGGCAAACAAAGCAUAGAGGCUCCUUCGUCCGCCACGGACGGUCAAGAGGACAAAAGGUUUGAUGGUCCGUGCGGCGUUCCAUCAGGGCAGGAAGUGAGUAACGAUGCCAAGCGUUGCAGUGAGCAAGCGGACGCGCCCUCCAGGCUCAUCGAACCGGUGGAUUUCACCAAAGGUCACACUUCACCAUCGGUCAGUGGCAAGGACAAAAGCCGCGAUGCACAAUUUUCAGAAAUCGACAGUUCGCAGUCGAACGCUCGGUCUGACGAAUCUAAACAGUUCGCUCCCGAGCGGAGUAGCACUCCCCAGCAAUUGACCAGCACGGGCACGUCCGAAAUCCCUCCAAUCCCGGCGACAAGGGACGUCCACGCUUUGCAGCUGCGCAGGGAGUGUUUUCAGGGCGCCGAUGAGGCGUCCGAGAGCUCUGCAAGUCCUCGCAUGCUCAUGGAUGGGAAAGCAAAACCCUCGCCGCACACGGAGAGCAAAACGGGUUGCAAGACGACAGCACCUGGUGACGUUGCAAAAAUGCCGGACGUUAUACCUGAUGGGCAUACUGACGACAACAGUUGCGCACACUCCAUUGCAGAUGAUGUCAUCCACAAAGGUCAGCAGGCAGCGCUGAUGAAGGAAGCUCACCAUUCCUUUGACGCUUCGUCUUUUUGGCCGAACGAUAUAGCAGAGCCUUGGGAGGAACAGCGACACGAACACGGACACCAUGACCAUUCUUGCAACAUGACGGCACAAUUGAAGAUGGAGACGAUUAGCGAGGAUGAUUUUUCAGGAGGGAAGAGCGAUAAGACCGACGUAGGUAAAUAUUCCGCGGAUGCACAAAACCUGACUGCAGGCUGCACCGACACAGGCUUUGGGAAUGUUCCAAUGAACGAAACAUCGGCGAAAAAAAGUGCCUUUUUGAGGGCAAACACCAUGCCGCACUUUUACGGGUCUGAACCUGGCAUAGAAAAGUCUGGAAUGGGGGGCUCUGUUGCUCGCAGUGAAAAUCAACCACUCCCAUCUUCGUUGGGAAAGCCCCAAAUGGGUGAUGGUCAAAAAUUAGGGAGGCAGAUGUCAGAACAGUGCUUUGGGCAGAAGUUAGAUAUCUACUACAAAGACUGUGCUAAGCCCCCUGACUUUGAUUCUAAACCAUUUGUUUUGGCUGAUUAUAAAAGAAAAAUGGAUACCAGAGAGGAAUCGCGGAUGAAUGCUGACCCCAUACGUGAAUUGUUGUCAGGCGGUUUAGGCAUUUCAAGUGAGCCGGGCACUGACAAUUCUAGCAGUGCUCCACAAGAAGGGAAUAAGGAAGCUAAGUCAGGUGAGAGCAUAAGCUCUCUGCAGGAAACAACUGUUAAUACACGUUCUCCAAAGCACCUUGAAACCACAGAUGUGCCCACUGGCUUUGUAUGUGCUGAGCAGAAAAAAGGCCCCAGUAUCCUGGACAGCGAAGAGCAUAUCGAGCAGAUGGAAGCACUGCAACAAUGCAUUGGGAAGAAUGCAUUGCAUAGUCCAGGAAAGGCUAACAUCCACGAAAAGGUUUCAAGAAAAUCAGUUGAGUCUUCGGUCUGUCGUGGCAACACUCCAGGAACCUCUGUGGAAAGUGAAAAAAAGCAAGAUACAUCUGAAAUGAAGGUGGGAAAAACUGGAAAUGAACAAACAUUGACAGGCGAUUUAGAAACGAGUUUACACAUCAAGAAAGAUGACGCACCUGCUGAUGGUGCGGUAAGGUCAAUGCAUUCAUAUUUACUUGAGGAUAAAUCCCAACCGAAAAUACCGAGCAUUUCAGAAUAUUCUGUGGCAUCCAAGUCAUCAAUUUCGCAGCUUAAAUCGGAUGAGUACGCACCAAAAGCAGUGGAUUCGGAGUCUGACGUUAGCUCAGAGGAUGAGCUACAAUGCAAUGUAGGAAAGCAGCCAGGAGCUGUGUUAUCUGAAGGCUUCCUAAGCACUGAGGUCAAGGCCGAUGCAAAAAAGUCACCUGCUUACCACAGCCUUUCGAGACUGUCUCCACUGGAGACGGAAAUUUUGUCUGAACUGCAGGACAACGAAGGCAGCAACGACCAAUUCUCCGGCGCUAGAAAAAAGGUGACGUCAGAGGGGGCACAAGAGAACGUGGCCUUUGACACGGAGAAUAAAUCACAACGGAAAAAUGAUGGCUCCAGCGGAUUUCAGUUCCAGCACAUCGCGCAAGACGAGGGUUCAUCGCUUCCCUUUGUUUUUCCAGCAAAGGGGCAAAUGCACAACGUGGAAUACUUGGAAUUGAAUUCGGCAGCUUUGAAGCCCAUCGCUGGCUCCGCGUAUUUAAAGGAAGAUGACUCGCGCAUGCCAGAAAAAAGCGUUCCGUUAAGCAAAAACCUGAAGGACCCUCAUCCAACGGGUGAGAGCGUCUCAUUUUCCAAAGAACAGAUGCCUGGACAGGACAUUAUUUCAGCUGAUGAGAAUAAAGAGGGAGCAGGAGACUUCGCUGACCGUGGAGGACCUAAUAACAUUUUCAGUUCUCCUUUAAUGAAGUCGGACCUUCCUGUGCUCAAUUAUCGAGAUGAUGAUUAUCACCCCGCCGGUGUUUUAUUCGAAAAUGUUACGUCUGGGAAACCUCGAGCUGCAGAUAAACCUGGGAAGAUAAAAUACUCACAAAGUGUGGAUGUUAACACUGCAUUGUGCCGAAAUGACCGCUCAUUUGAAGGGGGUGAAGAAUCCUACCUUUUCCCCUGUGGUCCCAGCAAGAAUCAUUUGUCGGUGGUGGGUGAAUUAGACAAAACCUCUCAUGUGGCACACACAUCCCCUUCAUCAUUCAAAACGGAGGAGCGCUGCCAGGCAUCAAUUGUGGAAAACGCAAACCAACGUCAUGAUGGAGGAUCUACAGACAAAGUCACAGACUCUCAAGAUGUACUUGCUGAUAGUUCGACACACGCAACCAAUAUUUCACCUGCGCUUGGAAUCACGAAGUUUGGCAGCGAAAUGGACGUGCCCAACAAAAUAUCAGCGCAAGUAAACGCAGACGAGAGUCCUAAACAUGCACGGGUAGAAACCACGUCACGUACAUCACACGCUGAUAACAUUCAUCCUUUUGAAAGCAAAGAGCAGCACCAAGAGAUGGAAAACAAGGAGGCAUGCCGAUCCUCGCAGGCAAGUGUCGUGGGUAAAAAUACCGCAGAACACGAGAAAGCUGGAGACAGCCAACGAGUGCACGGGAAAUUUGACGGAGAGCAAGUGGAAAAGAUGAGCCUGGAAAUCAUGCAAGACAAAAGCACAGCAGAUGAGACAAUCCCUCCGCAAAGCACCGGGGAGCCAGACAGCCACGUGGACACUUCUGGGACUGCUCCGGCAACAGGUGCACGCGAUGCAGGAGGGAAGAGGGCAGAGGAGCCAUUAGGAGGCGAGGAAAGGAAGGAGGCAGAUGACAAGGCUUCAAGCGUUGUGCAUGAAGAGGAAUCUCUGAAGAGUCCAAAAGCAGGGGCAAACAAGGCAACGUGCAGGGCAGAUGCCCUGCACGAACGCGUUCCCGAGGAGGGCGAACACCUCGUCAAAGCCGAUGCCGAUGGACGUGGGGAAAAGGUUUCGACCAAAAAGGAGCAGCUCCCAGUCACGGGAAAAAACUCUCUAAUUGAGAGUCAACAGAAGUCUGGGGUGGAUCAGAAGGCAAGCGGAGGGGGCGUGCAGGAGGGCGGGAUGGAAUUGGUCCCGGAUCGGGAGAGGAGGAACAGCAAGCCACUGGAGAAGAGGUCGUAUACGAGCACGCCGGAGAAAGACAAGCAGGAGAAAAAACGGAGAAAAGUGAGUAAGAAGGGGGAUGUGGCUAAGAGAGCCGAGGUGCGCUGUAGGUCCCCCGGCAGGCCUGCUAACAGGAGCCAGCGGGCAAUGCUGCAGGGUUCAGCCAAAAGACGGCAGAAAGUUCAAUCCAAGGCCGGUGACGGUAAAUCUGUGGAGGUCAGUCCUCGGAAAGAGGCGCCUUCCAGCCCGAAUAAGAAGCUCAAGCUUCCAGUCCCAAAAAGUCAGGCUCUCCCCAUGGCGGUCAAAUGCAAAACACCUCCGGCCCCGUCGAAACAAGUCCCAUCACGUCCUGACAGAUCGGCUAAAAUAGCCAUGCAGACUUCGCACAUCUCAGCCCCUAUCAGCACCGGAUCUGCCCGAGUGCGGCCUGCAGUACGGAUGGAGCAGAGCGCUGCAGAAGCCAGGGCGGCGGUGUCAGCCAAGCGUGCGGGCGAACAGAAAACCCGGCUGGGGAUGACACCGGCCAUCUCUUCGACGAAGACAGCAAGCAGGCCGGCCAGACCCUCCGCCCCCGCCUCCGAGAAGCAUCCGGCGCCCGCGACGAGUGGUUCUGCGCUCAGAUCCUCCGCGCCCGCCUCGGCGAGGUCCACCCUGGCGGUGAAGCAGGACGUGGCGAAGUUGACGAGCACCUUGAGAGCCAAACCGAGCAUCCCGGCCGCCACGGAGAAGUCCCCCAGACCGGCAGCCGCUACCGCAGCCGGUCCCACCGCUGCCGCUGUCUCUGUGACCGCGAAGGCGCCCAUCGCUGCUGCCGCCAGCCCGACACGGCCGACCUCUCUGCUCGCAGACCGCUGCACCAAGCCCAGGAUGACCCAGCAGAAGUCUCCGGUAUCCACAGGUGCCGGUAAGAAGGGCGGCGGCGCAGCGCCCGUCACCACCCCGGGCGCGGCCGGCACCGUGGGCCGUCCACCGGGCUCAGCUCGCACCUCGAUGGUCCCCCGAGCGCCCGGCGCGCCCGGGGCCUCCCGGAGCUCAGCCACGCCGGCGAGCGGCGGGCGCGGUGCGGGGGCCACGCCGGGCGGGGCCUCACGCUCGGUGCCAACCACCCCCGGCGAGAAGAAGGCCUCUCGCACCCUGAUGACGCCCAAGUCGCCCGUGGGCACGGCGCCAAACCCCAACCUGAAGGCGGUGCGAUCCAAGAUCGGCUCCACCGACAACAUCAAGCACCAGCCAGCCGGUGGCAAGAUCCAAAUCGUGACCAAAAAACUGGACUUCAGCCACGUGACGUCGAAGUGCGGCUCCAUGGCUAAUGUCAAGCACAUCCCUGGUGGAGGCAAUGUGCAAAUUGUUUCCAAGAAGGUAGAUGUCCGUCACGUGGCUUCCAAGUGUGGAUCUAAGGACAACAUCACUCACAAACCAGGUGGAGGGAACAUUCAGAUUGUCAGCAAGAAGCUGGAUUUCAGUGAGAAGGCUCAAUCCAAAGUAGGCUCCCUGGACAAUGCAGACCAUGUUCCAGGAGGCGGCAAUGUUAAGAUCGAGUCGCAGAAGCUGAGUUUCCGCGAGACAGCCAAGUCCCGCACGAACUACGGCAAUUCCUCCCACUCGCCCACGACAUCGGAAGGCCCCUCGGGACGCAUGAGCAAGGUCUCGUCCACGGGCAGCCUGAGCCAGGACGCUUCCCCCGAGCAAUGCGACGCACAGGAGCAGCAGAACCACCAACAGAGCCAGCAGCAGCAGCAGCAGCAGCUGUCCACUGACAUCACCGAGGCACUGGCCGGGCAGGGGCUGUAGGGUGGACACACACGCACGCACGCAAGCACUUCGCGGGUCGGAAGUGGCAGCAUAGGCUAAAGGGUCACAGCGCCUCCAAACUUCCCCCCCACCCCCUCCUCCGCCCCCAGCACGCACACAUGCAUGCUAGCUCCCGUUAACGUGACACAAGUUAACGGGAGCUCUCCUGAGACGGACAUGUGUGCGCGCGCGUGUGUGUGUGUGUGCGGACACGUGCACAUCACGUUCGCACCCACACGAGCACGCGGACCAUGUACGUCUCCACCGUUACGUGCUCUCAAACCUGCUCGCACCAAGGUGUGCCGAGGUACUUUCGCCCACACGAGCCCAUGCAGCACAGCAUCCAGUUUCACCGGAAUGUGCCAGGCCAGACCCGAUAUGCCCCCCAUCCUUCAAUCAAGCAGGAGAGGCAGGGUGUGCUGCCUCUGCAACCACUCUGGCUGGCACCAUUGGUUGUGAACACACAACACAACACAUAACGUACACGGCUGAGGAGCUUCUAAUAACUGCACCCCCACCCCCGAUCCAUUGCCACAUCUGUGUUAUUAUGCUGCACGCAGUUUUGGCAUUCUGUAAAAGAUAAUGUUGCUUUGAUAGCCUUUAGGAACACCUCGAGAUUUCUAAAUGAAAUGGCCGUUGAGCCAGUGAUGUAAAUGACCCAAAAGAGCUGGCAGAGUAUGAAUACGUUAUUAUGUGUGGUAUUUCUGUAACAGUAAUUGCAGUGUUUUUCAAAACACGUACAAGUACAUGCUACCAGAAAAAUAAUCGUACAUGAUUGGCUGCAGAACCCAUCUAAUAUAUAGUACAUAUAUAUAUAACCUAAUGCAUCUCGGUGGUGAAGCAAAACACACGAAUCGCAACGGAGUAUAACUCGCUUGCAAGUGCCAUCCAUGGGCCGAGAUACAGGUCACGUACAACGUUAAGUUCCCGCUGCAGGAACGUGGUUCAGAGUCUGGCCCCCAUGAUGCACUGACUGGCUGGCUGGCGCGUGCCCGCGAUGAGACUGUGGUGGGGUUGACGAUGGUGCCCGGUGGUCUGGCUGGGUGAGGCCGAGCGAUGUCUGCACACCAGGUCCCCGUCUCACCGCACGUCUUCCGACGGACCUGCCGUGCCGUUGAACUCUCACUCGUAGUUGAAACGAAUGCUGCGAUAUACUCUAACCCUUGGCAGUUAAUCUCCACGCGUUAAUCUGGCUAUUGCUUGUGUUUAAUAUUUUUGAAUAUUUAUUACAUCCUAAAUGUUCUCUAUGGUAGCUGGAGUAGUUCUAGGGUAAUGUUCAUAUUACCAUGCAUUUUAACACCUUGGAAAGUUUAAGAUGUUACAUUUUCAGUAGUUCAUUUUAGGUGUAAAACUACUUUUAACUGUCUACGAGUCAGGAAUGAGAAUGAGACGGUGGUUAUUUAUUGCCGUGGCAUUGCCAGCUUACCGGUAGACAGUGUCACGAGGGAUAUGUCCAGAUGGUAAAUUUAACAUAGUAUUGUAAUGAUGGUGUUGACAAAAAUAUUUAUCCAAGAACAUUUUGCAUGACCAAUGGCUUGUAGAGUAUACAAGCGUUGCAAGUUUUAGGGAAUUACAUUGCAGUAUGUUAGCUGUAAUGUUGACCACAUUACACACGUGUCAAACGGGAAUCCAUUAUCCCUGACAAUAGCACACUUUUGCCAUUCAGCACAAUGCGGAGGAAAUACGAAGGCGGGUCAGAGUGAUGUUGACGUUAGGAUUACGAUGGCAGUGGUGUUGCAAGUGAUGAUUGGGUGUGUGAUAGUGAAGGUGAUGGCGGCGUUACGUUUAGGAUUUUGAUGGAAGUGGCAGUGCUGUUGGUGAACGACAGAGGCAUAGACGAUGGCUUUGGUAAUAGACGAUAUUGGAAAUGAUUGUUUUAGUUAUAAAUGUAAGACAAUAGCAUUGAGCCUAAAUAGUGCCAAUCUUUGUUAGUAUCGGUGGUUUGGUGUUCACUUGAAGGGAUAUGUAUGUAUGUUGUGGAAGCAGCAGGGCUCCAGAUAUGACACCUCGACAGCCGAGGACACCGCAUCAGUCAGUAGGAAUUAGAGAGUCAAGUGGGACUACCUGGCUCUGUGUAUUUCACAUAUUCAUGCGGACCUCGAACACUCCUCGGUACGCCUGGUAUCGUCGAUGCGUCUGGCAUCGUCGGAGCUCCCUGUGCUGAACUCUGCAAAGCAGUGUUGUGUUUAAGGCCGGCCGAAAGACGUCCGUAGAAGCAUGAACUUCUGAUAAAAUUACUGUAACCGGACUGUUUUUGGAAAUAAAUGCUGACUCCAUUUUGUUCUGACAGUCAUAUUUCUGGCUUGUCAGCAGCCCCCUGUGCGUACGUACGCACGCAUACACACAUUCACCCGGUACAGCGGUUUACUCCGCUCUCACUGAGACUUGAAUGGUAUUAACUUGCCCUGGUAAUUUAUUUUCAACCGUGUCUACUACACAUUUUAAGUAAAACACGAGUAUGUUACUUUAUUUUUACUACCAACAUCUAUAUACAAAGAAUAUGGACACAAUUGCAACUGUUUAAAAUAUAACGAAUGCCACUAAUUACGUACUGUCAACGUAGAGUAAGUUGUAAAUGCUGACGUUUCUCAUCAAUGGUAAGUCUCUAUGAUUUUCUCUCAAAGUUUUCAUUCUUUCGCGACGUUAAACACGUGCCGAUUGCGGUCACGACAACAAAAAACUCGGAUCACAUUUUUUUUUCCGAAGUAAAAUGCUUCUGCAGAUUCCCAUUGAUCUCCAAACAGGAGCUUAAGGUGGAAUUUUUUCCAUAAUCCUGCAGUGGGCUUCCCCUCUGGACUAUAGCUCGGCCCAAACUCCAGCCAUAGCUUGGAUGGUGGAAGGUGGCUAUAGGUUUGAGUCUGCCUCUUCUCCCCCCCCCCCCAUCGCGAAGUUGACUUUGCACAAAUCUGGAGUCAAACGCUGGGUUUUGUGGCCGUUGGAAAAUGUGGAGAUGGAUUUCAUUCUUUAGCUCCACUCGGAGAUCAUCAUCUCUUGCCGCCGGGUGUCAGAUAGACUAAUGUGCGCAACAAAUAGUCGCGCUGGAGGCGGAAUGAAUUAACCUAGCAUGGAACGCUUGAGAUUAUUAGAGUAAAGAGUUUCUGUCUUAUACAUUUUAUUGGCGGUUUUUAUUAGUCAUUAAGCUCAACAAAUUGAGAUGACAGUUAUGUUAAAUUGCAUCUUUUGCUUUGCAGACUGUUGUGAAUGGAAUUAAUUGCUCAUCUACGUAAUAACCGAUGGUGUCAAAACUUUUUCCGAAUGUUUUAAGUAGUCAGAUUGGCCAGCUUCAUAUAUUGACCUAUCGUGAGCUCGGUGACUUGUUGAGUUGUUAUACGCUUACAGAUCAGUCUGUUUCUCACCCUUUGUAAACCGUUAGGAAUGGAAAUAAAACAUCUGCCAAAAUCUUACAAGUAAUAAGACACCAAAAUAUUGAGGUUUUUUUUUCCAGCAAAGAGCAUUGAACAACAAUGACAUGCACCUCUGGGUAAUUUUUUUUGUUAUGUUAAGCCAUGUACUUUGUGCCCAAUGUGUUGUAUUGCAGCUGUCAGUGCUAUUUUGAGUUGUGUUUAGAUGCUAUUCCUUGGGAAAAAUAUAAACUUAAAAAUAUU